AUGGAUCCGAAUGCGUGCGCCGGAGCAGGGUACAGUGGCGAAUGCAGCAACGGUGGAUCCGGACCUGUGUGCACCUGCCUGCCAGAAUGGACUGGGGAUAGCUGUGAGAUUUCCAAAGGCGAUUGUUACGCUACUGUACAGUAUCCUGUUGGGGCUCUAAAUCCGGACUCCGGCCAAGAAAUCGCUUUUGCGAGCUUAGGUGUAGGUGCGUGUCUUAUGGGGUUAGUGGUUGACGUGGGCACCUACCGGAUGAACGGCCAAGAGUUUAUUGAUGCGCCUUUUGAGAUCUAUAUUGAUAAUAACGAUGACGAAACGGACGGCUACACCGGUUCCGCCGUGACUGGUGCGCGCUGGCGUGUCAAGUACCACAAAGUAUGCGAAUACCCGACCGCCUCUUCUACUUACACAGGUUGCAGCACCAUUGCCAAUGCCGACGUAAAUGUAGUCGACAAUGGUCCUGCUGGCGUUUCGCUAGUCAUUCCGUGGGAGAAUUUUGGAUUUGCCAAUGCUCCAGUGGGCCAGACAUGGAGGAUUGGAGCCCGAAGCCGCAACCUCUUAAGCGAUACCCGUGCAUAUCUUCCCGACACCCGGUAUACCGAUGCCGUUCCCAUGGCGUACACCAUCGCCCUACCCGGGACGCGCAGAGACACUGGAGAAAUUAUGGCUCGAGCUAGGGGUGGUAAGAAGUGCAAGGAAGGGACUUGUUCUGGACGAGGAACGUGCACCCAGGACACUGUGCUCAAAGGUGACGCAGAUCUGGACACACACACCCAGGCGACGCUGUGGACGGCACUAAACUGUCAUCAGUUAGUGGAGCACGUGGUACAGUCGAUCCUAAGACAGGCACUUGUUGUGGAGCUGCGCAGCUAUUUGUUUACAGAGAUUCAGAUCGCCAAUGCCAGAUGUGCGAGCGAUACGACAGCGUUUGAGAAGGAGCUGGGCAAACGGUUGAAGAAAGUGGCUAAGGUGGAUGAUCAGGCGGACUUGUGGAUGCAGGCGAUCGACUGCGAUACCAAGGGCAAAUGUGACGGGUAG